AUGAAACUUGAUAAUAGUGAGCAUCAACAUCAUUUGCAUGGAUAAAGUUGUAAACACUAGAAUGAUAAUACUGACAAAAACUUUUCUCAUUUAAGCACUACUAGAUAAGAAAAAUAAAGAAUAAAUUACGCAUCAUCAAAAGAUUAAGCUUAAUACAGAUAAUAACACGUCGACUCUGAAGUUAAUGAUUUAAAUUUUAAACCUGUAAAAGACAUGUCUAACAAGGAAUCCGAAAAUGCCACAAGACAACUUGAUAUCAAUACUGAGUUCGAAAAUGAUGCAAUAACUUAGGCUAAGAAGAACAUUGAGAUAACUAAAGGAAUUAUGGAAGGUAAAUUGAAAACUGGAGUUUAUAGGGGUGAGCAUGGCUACAUGAAUCUGUUCAAUCAAACUGAAGAGGAUCUAAAACAUAAAGUAUUUACUGGAACAUUAGGCCCCAUUCGUGCUCCAACAUUUAUAAGAAAUACUACUAGAGUAGAUUAUAACCCAGAGCUAUGUAAGGAUUACUUUGAAACAGGUAAAUGUGGAUUUGGAGAUUCAUGUAUAUUUAUCCAUGAUAGAAGUGAUUACAAGCCAGGAUGGUUAUUAGACUAAGAAUUUGAUAAGGAAUAAAGGAAAAGAUAGGCUUAAUUGAUGGGUUAAGAUGUUAGUGAUGAAGAAGAGAAUUAUGAGAUUCCUUCAGAAAACUCUUAAGGAGAAUUAGACGAUGAUGGUCUGCCUAUACAGUGUAGAAUAUGUGAAUAAGUAUUUAGAAGUCCAAUAGUAACAAUAUGUAAUCACUACUUCUGCGAAAGAUGUGCCUUAGAUAACUAUAUGAAAUCAUCGGAUUGCUUUAACUGCGGAAAGCCUACAAAUGGGAUUUUCAACGAGGCUCCUAAACUGCUGAAAAAAUCAAAUAAGCUUUUGAAAACGAUCGAAUAAUAAGAUGAUGGAGAAGAAAGCCACGAUAUAUAAGAAGGUAUUGAUGAAAAUUAAAGCGAUGAAGAGAACACUACAGUAUCGAGAUUAAAGCAGAAUAGUAAAAAAGUGGAUGAGAGUAGUGAUUCUAAUGAAUAGGGAGUAAUUAGUAAAGAGGACAAGGAAGUUUUCAAGCAAUAUAAAAAAUAGUUUGUAGAUAUAGACAAGAAGAAAUAUACAUCUCAAACUGGUUGGUUCAUUCCUUGA